AUGCAACAACAGCGAAGGCUGCGGCAAUUCGCCUCGCAACUCCGGAACACAAAGCAGAUUUUCCGCCAGUCCAUCAGGCAAGACACUGUCCGGCACAUCGUUGCGACGGCUGAGUCCGCCUCCAGGUGCCCUACUGCGGAGGCUGUUCGCCGCUUGAAGCCCAUCCUUGGGCCGCCCAAGCGUCGUGCCAAGACUCGCAACGGCCUCCCACUUGUCCUCCGCCCUGACGGGCUCCCCGCGACCACCACUGAGGAGGUCGAAGAUGCCUGGAUCAACCACUUUGCUGGGAUUGAGGAUGGACUGCGCGUCACGCCUCAAGAACUCGCUGCCAGUUGCAUCCAGAAUCAACUGAAGCGGGAGCUCGAUUCCAUCGAACUCAACAGACACGAACUGCCGACUCGCAUCGAGCUUGAGCAAGCUCUUCGGGAUACCGCCUCCGGUCGUGCUGCUGGCCUGGACCUUGUGCCGGGCGAAGCCCUCCACUUUGCUGCUGCUGAGGCCUCGUCUGCACUGUAUCCCAUCUUGCUCAAAACGAGCCUCAGACUCGCGGAACCGAUCCAGUUCAAAGGAGGGAGUCUCCAGGCUGCAUGGAAAGGAAAAGGCUCACCAGCACUCUGUUCUUCGCAUCGAGGACUGCUCAUCUCCGCCACCGCGGGCAAGGCCUUUCAUCGACUUUUCAGAGCUAGAUGUGUGCCUUCGCUUGCUUCGGUUGCAUCUCCUUUGCAACUGGGCGGGUUGCCUGCCUGCCCAGUGACAGCAGUCUCCCACGCAGUUCGGAUGUUCAUCACUGCAGCCAGAAAGCACAAGACCUCCUUUGCUGUCCUGUUUCUUGACCUCCAAGAAGCGUUCUAUCGUGUAUGCCGUCCGCUGCUGACGGGCACAUCGGUCGAUGACACCACAGUCGCACAAAUUGCAGCGACUGUAAAACUCCCGCCGGGAGUUAUGCAUACAUUGCACAAACACUUACAAGAACGGUCCAUUUUUGCUGAUUGCGGCACUUCGCCAUGGCUUGCAGCCUCAAUGACCGAAAUCCUUGACGCCACUUGGUUCAGAUUCAGAUCUGGACAAACACUAGUUCGGACGGGCAUAGGGAGUCGUCCGGGGGAUAACUGUGCAGACGUCAUAUUUUCGUUUCUCUUCUCGCAAGUACUAGCCGAGUUGACACGAGAACUCAAGAGCAAGGGCUGCUGCACACAACUUCCCUCAGCGGCCUCCCGGCACGACAGCAUCUUCGUCGAACCGGCCCAGGCAGGCGAGUCUGCCACGCCCGUCGACCUGACGGAUGCCACCUGGAUGGAUGAUCUCGCGCUUAUGCUCUUGUCUGAUUCGGCGACUGGCAUCGUCGAGAGAGCACGCACUGCCACCAGUGUGUUGCUGGACGCCUGCCUAUCGAGGGCCAUGCUCCCUAACUUGGGGCGGGGGAAGACUGAGAUGAUCCUCGUGCCCAUAGGUAAGGGUUCACAGAAGGUCAGAGCUUCACUCUUCAGGGACAAGGAGCCGGUCUUGCACAUUCCAGCUGCCCUCUGGCCGGAGGCCAAAGUGCGCCUCGUUACCAGCUACAAGCACCUGGGCGGGGUGCUUCACUGUGCAGGCGACCUUUCCCGUGAGGUUCGUGCCAGGGUCGCCCAAGCCAAUGAUGCUUUCCAGAAGAGAAAAAGGCAAGUCUUCGGCUCCCCAGUUGUGCCGACAACUGCCAAGGCCAGUCUCUACAACUCCCUGGUUGUGUCAGUGCUGCUGCACGGGGCAGGUACCUGGCCCUCACCCAGUCCCAAGACUCUGUCAGCAAUCAGCUCCGCGCAAGAGCUCAUGGCGUGCCACAUGUGUCGACCCACAUGGGACUUCGAUACGGCUUUACAUGCCGGCCGAGCUCAGGUGCUGUCCUUUGUUGGCCUGCUUUCCAUCCCGGCACAGCUGCACAUUCAUCGCCUCAGACACCUUCUUCUCUUUGUGCGGCUGUGCAUCCCCCAACUGUGGGCCCUGGCCCACUGGGAAGGUGACUGGCUUGCUGCGAUACGAGACUCCCUUUCUUGGCUUUGGGAAACUGUAGACAAGGGGACACACCACCGUGAUUGGAUCACGGCCUGGAGCCACUGGGUUGUUCUCCUUAGAGAGUCUCCGGGGAGGUGGAAAAGCCUGUUGCGCAAGGCCGCGACGAACACAAUUCAACAGGAAGCGUGGCAGGCCGACCUACAACAACACCAUGCCCUCCUUGUCCGCCAGUUAAAGCGGCAUGGUGCCUUACUCCAUGGCUCCACACUGGAUCAUGCCGAUGCCGUACACGGAUGUGUACCCGGUCAGCGCAUUUUCAAAUCUCGCCAAUGUUGGUCUGUUCAUGCGUUCAAGACACAUGGCAGACAUGCACAGGGCCGUGGAGUACUCACAGGCCACCAAUGCCAGGCGUGUCUGCGAACAUACGCCAGCAAUGUUCGACUUUGCCGACAUUUGCGUUACAGCGCGUCUUGCAGAACACGCCUGCUUGCCAGUGGACACUCGUGUACGGUUGUGCCAGGUGUCGGUAGCCGCAAGAACGACGACAUUCAUGCUGGAUUAUGCCCAGCGUUGCCUGCUGAAGGGCCGUGCCUUAGCUUCCCGAGCGUGUCAACGGACAUGCUGGACAUGUGCCCUGUCGCUGAAAUCUGGGAGUGUCUCCAGCUCCUGGACUUCGAUGGAGAGGUCGCAAACGCCACUGACAGUGACCUCUGGCAACGGAUCCGCACAGCCUUCUCGUGUGUCUGCGCGCCCACCGAUCGGCUCCGUGCUACUGUGGUCGCUUGGCAGCGCAUGCUUGCUACUGCUAAUGGGCACCGCCGGCUACGUGAGUUUGCCGACUGGUUAGGGGCGGCCGACUUGAUCCAAUGGCUCAUCCCGCACGCCUCUGACCAACCGAUUCUUGCCAACUCGCUUCGAGACUCCGACAAGGUCUUGAGUAUGCUCGAUUUAGCUCCUGUCUGUGUUAGACCGCCAGAGCCGCUUGACCCAAAUGCUCCGGUGAUAUGGGUUAGACGGGAUGGCCAGACAUGUCCUAACUCAGACGACGGAGACAAUGUCAUUGUGUAUGACCACACCGAGUGUCUUCACCUGAUAAGACAGGGUGUUCCACUCGUCUUCUUUGAAGGGCCGUUUGAUGGAGUUGCUUUUGUUCUUGAUACCAGGGGUCUCCCGACCCUUGGUAUGCCUGACCACUCCUGGUCCAAGCCGCACACGCAACAAGACAUGCGCACUGCUGCCGUCUUUGCUGGCGACUUGACAAGAUUCUUUCUCCGUCUCUCGUUACUGGGUGUUGCCUGCCUUCUCAUUGGACAUGAGUCGGCUGAACUCGACUUGCAGGCGAUUUCUGCACUGCCCGGUGUGCUUCGUCACCAUCGGACUGGCACACACGUCAUCGCACAUCCAGCAGCCCUUCAAUUGUAUGCCCUUUUACUGCCUUUCACCACUCACGAGAAAGAGCAAGACGCUCACAUCUCAGGCGAGCGAAUGAGCUUGGUGCAGGUGGUGGUGGCCUGGCAGUUCCCAAAGACCAGCCGCGAGGGCGAUCGUGGGAGGGCACCACAGGCCGCCAUUGCCUUGAAGAGCUCGCGCUCAAUCCGACAAGCCCUGGCGCCCGCUCGAGCGGCGCUCGCCCAGCCAGAGACGGUGUCGGAUGCGAAUGUGCUGCUGGAACAACUCGUGGCUGCAGAGUCAGCUGCGCUGAAGGAGCUGACGUCCGCUGGCCGCGAUGAAAGCCGGGAUCCUUCGCCGCCAUGGAGGCUCCUGGUUCUGGAUUUUGACAGAACCAUCGCAAAGGAGCAUAUGUGGGGCACCUUCAAGGAUGCACCUCUGGAGCAGAUUCCGGUGGUCGAGGAAAGCUUUUCCAACUUAGCGCUCUUCCGGUGGCUGGUCCGGGCCAUCCGCAAGCGAUCGGGAGAGGUGGCAAUAGCAACCUUCGGUCGAAAAGACGUUGCUGGCAAAGCCAUGCAAUUCGCGCUUGGAGAGGACCAUGGCAUCUUCAUCACAACUCCAGCAGAUUAUCCCGACCCCUGCCAAGCAGAGGUCAAGGCUGGUGAUGGAGCGGCAGAACGUGUCGCCACCUGUCCUGAGGGCUCCGCUUGGCUGGGAAACAAGAACCGCCAGCUGGCGGCGCUCGCUGCACGAUUCGGCGUAAGCGCAAAGGACAUGAUGCUCCUUGACGACGACUUGAACAACAUUCAGGAAGCAGCGAAAGCGGGCGUCACUGCGCAGCACUGUCCCACCGGAUUGAACAAGGUCGCGAUCCGGAAAGCUGCAGAGACGCUGGGACUGGCAAACCCGCCGGCGGACAACAACCCGAAGGAUCCCUUCCUCAAUGUCGUGUCCAAUGAACUUCAGAAUUUGCAAGCAGUGAUCGAAGAAGCCAACACGCGCAUCCUGAAGCUCCAGAAUGAGAUCAGUUCGGUGGGCCAGCGGUCUCCGCGACUUUGUGGGCACGCGUACUCUCUCACCAAGCGGCCGCCUACUGCCAAUCCCGAUGUACCUCCUGAGGAGGCUACUACAUCGUCACUACCACUCGCCGACCGCCCUGUGGAUCGCAAAGCGACCGUUUCAUCGCAGAAUCUUUCCGCUCAGGAGACGCGAGCGGCCAGGAAUCAUGCACGUGUCACUCGUGUCGUGGCAGAUGACCCAGAUCUGCAAGGCACCGAAAACGAGAAGGAGCAAUUCAUGCGCAUCGACACUUCGAAGAACGGUCACCUAUCCGCGAAGGAGGUGACAGCCAUCGCCCUGACCCAUGGUGCACAGGUGACGGUGGCCAGCUCCAUCAAAGCAAUCCAGUACGUGAGCUCACGGCUGGGGGAGGAUACCUCGGGUCAGCCAGAGCAGGGCAAGAUGAGAAGAGGGAGAUCUCGCGCCGACGUCAACGUCGAGGGCGAGCUGGAUCUCCGCGGCUUCCUCUGUCUCCGUUCGGACCCUGAUCUUCUUGACGAGGCGCCUGACGAGCUCGUCGGGACGCUGGCGGCUCUUCGCAGGGCUCUGGAGGAAGAAUCGGACCAACACAUGUUCGAGACGAAUAAAGCCAAAUUCAACCAGAGGCAAAGGCAAGCCUACCUUACCGAGGGCCUAGAUGUGGGCAUUGUGCUGGUGAUCGCGGUCAAUGCUAUCGUGAUCGGCAUCGGAGCGGACAAUCCACAGCACAUCAUGACGUGGGAGAUCUUAGAGGUUGUUUUCUUCCUGGUCUACCUCGCGGAGUGCAUCGUGAAGAACCUGUGGUGGGGAGUGAAGAUUUAUUUCUGUGGUCCUGACCUCUCAUGGAACUUAUUCGACUUUGGGUGCCUUCUCGUGUCCGCAGCAGAGCUGGCCGUGAAGAUCAUUUUCGGCCUCGACGGCCAGAGUGCCGUAAACCUCCUCAAGGUGCUCCGGCUGGCCAGACUUUUCCGCCUGGUCCGAAUCAUGCGCUUCAAGAUGUUCAAGGAGCUGAAGCUCAUGGCUAUGGGCUUGCUUUCCGGAAUCCGAGCUCUGUCUUGGGCCAUCGUCCUGCUCAUGGUGGUGAUCUACACGAUCAGCAUCAUUACGAAAGUGCUCUAUGGCGACUACUUCGAGGAGUUUAGCACCGUGCCAAACGGCAUGUUCACGCUCUUCCGCUGCUUCACCGAAGCCUGCGAAGACUACGAUGGCAAUCCGUUGCCUGAGCAGAUGUACAUUUUGGGGGGCGCGCCCGGCUUCAACGCUUCGACUCCGCGUGACGAGAUCCCUCCAGAGUUGCUGACGUAUAACGUGGAUUUUCAGAUCGCCUAUGUGCUCGUCACGAUGUUGGUGACAGUAGGCUUGUUCAACCUGAUCAUGGCGGUCUUCAUAGACAAUGUGACCAAAUCCCAGAACCAGCGGAAGCAGAAGGAACUGGGUGAGACGGCCCUCGACGUAGAGGUUUCCUUGAAACUCCUGCUAGCAAGGUUUAUCAAUGAGCCGGGUACCGACAAGCCCGCAGCCGCCGUGAUGGAGCGCUUCUCUGACGACGUGGUGAACAAGCUGACGAAUCUCACCGAUACCGGGCGCAAGCGUCAUCAGCUCGAACAGAGACUUUGCGCAGAUGAGGCGUUCAAGCUGUUGAAGGAGUGUAACAUCAACAUCACGCGCGACAUCUUCCAAGCGUGGCUUAGAGACCCGGAGUUCGUCAAAGUCCUUGAGGAAGCCGAUGUUGACAUCUCCAACAAGUUCGAGCUCUUCAACAUCCUUGAUGUAGACCUGGGUGGUGAGCUGUCCGUUCACGAACUGCUGACUGGGCUGAUGAGCUUAAGGGGCGACGUCUCAAAGGGCGAUGUGAUCUACAUCCUACUUCGAGUGCGAGACAUGAUGGACCGCCUGGAGAUCAUGCAGCAGUUCUUGGAGGAGUCAAUCCAGUCGAACAAUCAAGCCGUCGUGCAACGGAGCAGCUUCCGACGGCUCGGAGACUAG